GGCCGAGCGGGCGGCAGGCUCACACUGCGGGGAAAUGAAACACGCUGCCGGUCCCGAAGCAGCAGACGAGCGGGGCAGAAGCUUCUCCUCCUCUUCCUCCUCCUCCUCCUCCUCUCCGCGGGGCAUCACUCACCGUCCGGGAUCAUGUUGUUUCUCUAUCUCUUAUCGUCUUAUUGGAUCGCAGCUGAGUGAAAGAGAAAGUCCACACUGGAUUUGAAGCUACGCACUUGUCUUGAUUUUUUUGUUUGUUUGUUUGUUUUUGUGGAUGAAAUCUUUGCAUGAUUGAUGUUUGAGUAACUCCAGCGGGAUUUUCUGCUUCAGUCUCCAUCUCAGUCUCUUAUUUUGGAUUAUUCCUGCCAUAAGGAGAUAUGUGGAUUUUAUUUGUAAUCAGCCUGAUCGUGCUGUCAGAUGCAGGUCUGUCAGUGGAGGUGUUUCGUGCAGGUGUGGCCCCUCGCUGUGAGAGCCGGGCCUGCAACCCUCGCAUGGGGAACUUGGCCCUGGGCCGCCGGGUCCUGACGCAGACCGUCUGCGGCAACAACGGCACCGAGCUCUACUGCUCCUACUCCGACCCCAACGCCAACCUGGCCUGCAGCGCCGCCAAGUGCGCCAAAUGCAACGCCGCCCUGCCCCUCCUGUCCCACCUGGCCGGGGCCAUGUCUGACUCUUCUUUCCGUCACCCCAACACCUGGUGGCAGUCCGCUGAGGGGGUGGAGUCUGAGACGGUGCAGCUGAACCUGGAGGCGGAGUUCUACUUCACGCAUCUCAUCGUAGUGUUUCGCUCACCGAGGCCUGCGGCCAUGACCCUGGAGCGGUCGCAGGACUUUGGGAGAACGUGGAAGAUGUUGCAGUACUACGCCAGCAACUGCAGCGCCGCCUUCGGGCUGGAGGAGGGAAAGGCGGGCGCGGGCCGGGACGGUGCCACCUGCACCUCCAAAUACUCCGGGGCUUAUCCCUGCAACCGUGGAGAGGUGAUCUACCGUACCCUCCCCAAGUGGGAGUCUCUGGAUCCGUUCGGGGCGGAGGGCCAGCAGCAGCUGAGGGUGACCAACAUCCGAAUCCGACUGCUGAAGCGUCAGUCGUGUCCGUGCCAGGCCAAAGACCUCGCCUCUGCGCACGAGGCCCCUCCCACCCGACACUUUGCCGUCUAUGACCUGAUAGUGAAGGGAAGCUGCUUCUGUAACGGCCACGCCGAGCAGUGUGUCCCGUCACCAGGCUACCAGCCCAUCAGAGACCGGACCAACCAUGUGGUCCAUGGGAAGUGUGUGUGCAGACACAACACUGCAGGUGAUCACUGCGAGCGCUGCGCACCUCUCUACAAUGACCGACCAUGGCAGCCCGCCGACGGCCUGACGGGGGCGCCGCACGAAUGUCGGAAGUGUAAGUGUAACGGACACGCUCAGAGCUGCCAUUUUGAUUGGACGGCGUGGCGAGAGUCUGGCCAGCGCAGCGGAGGCGUGUGUGACUGUCUGCACAACACCGAAGGACGUCAGUGCCAGAGAUGCAAGGCCGGCUUCCACAGAGACCCCCAGCGACCGCACACUGCCCCCGAAUCCUGCAAACCGUGCAGCUGUCACCCCCUGGGCUCCAUGCCCUUCCACUUGGCCGACGGCUCACUCUGCGACCCCUCCAACGGAAACUGCAUCUGCAAACCUGGAGUAGGCGGAGCCCACUGUGACAGGUGCAUGGUGGGAUACUGGGGCUUCCACGAAUACGGCUGCCGUCCAUGCGACUGUGCAGGAGACUGCGACCCGUUUACUGGAGACUGUAUGUUUGGCUCUGAUCUGGACCUGUACAACUUAGAGGGAAACUCCAGCGAGCCGGUCAGGAUCUUCAGAGCAGACGAACUCUUUUCUGCCCUCCACUACUCAGAGAAGUGUGAGUGCAAAGAACAAGCCCUGACCAACAGUAAACUCUUCUGCACCAUGAAUUACGCGUACGUACUGAAGGUGAAAGUGCUGUCCGCCCACGAUAAGGGCUCCCACGCCGAGGUGGAGGUCAAAGUUCAGAAGGUGCUCAGUCAGAACACCAAGGUGAAGAUUCAGCGGGGUCGCGUCACUCUUUACCCCGAGUCCUGGACUGCACGGGGCUGCACCUGCCCCAUCCUCAACCCAGGGGUGGAGUACCUCGUGGCGGGCCACUCGGACCGGAAGCAGGGCCGCCUCCUGGUCAACAUGAAGAGCUUUGUCAAGCCUUGGAAAGCCAGCUUGGGGCGCAAAGUCCUCACGCUACUCAAGAAAGACUGCAACUGGUAGAUCGGCAGUUAACACGCCGGAGGACAGACGGACACAUGGACAGACGAGACUGUUAAAACAAAACAACGCCAUGGAUUUGUGUUCUCUCGCCCUCCAGAUGUGGAGCAUUGAAUCGCACAGGUCUGGGAGCAGGUUUUUGGGGCUGAACUGGCACGAUUGACACCCCUUCAUUUCUCCGCUGUUGUCCAAUGAGAGCAUAACGCUAAUGGUGGACUGCACCAGCAAAAAGCACAUUGGACAUGAUUUUAUUAAGACAUAUCUGUCUGGCACAUUCCUAUGUAGGAUUCCUUUUGCAAGAAAUUGAGGAAUUCAGCGCUGUGGCCAAGUGCUUUCUAUUCUGAGUGAUGCCCCCUGGACCCAUUGACGUACAUUAAAACACACACACACACACACACACUCAAAACUGAAGCUCUUCCUCUCUGCAGCACUUUAGCCUAAGAUGGACUGAGGGAGUAUGGACACACAAAGAGAGGAAGACUUAACACACACACACUAAAUGACCCCCUGACAUGGACUGUGGAUGGAGCAUGUCCAUUUCCCAUGUGCUCCGUUACGGCGGAGCACACACACACACACACACACACACAGUCAAACACAAGCAGCGGCGUGUGUGUGCUGCAGACACAAUGUGCAAAGCACCCAGAGUGAAGCUGAACAAGCCAUACAAGCCACUACAGGUGGUUAAACCUUAGCCAGUCCAGGUGUGCCUGUGUUGAAAUCAGAGUGAAUGGGUUUUACCCCGAACGUGAAUGUAUUUGCCUGUUUUGCAAAACAGUGUGUGCGUGCGUGUGUGCGCGCGUGUGCGUGUGUGUGCGCGUGUGCGUGUGUGUGUGUGCAUGCGUGUGUGUGUGUGUGUGUGUGUGUGAGACAGAGAGAGUGGUUGAAUGAGGUUUAUAACGAGCACAGUCCAGAUUCAGUCCAGCUCUUUCUGUAGGUUUGUGUGCCCUUUCAAAAAACAACCGUUCCAAUGUUUAUGACACGGCCUCAUGUAUACUGAUCCAUCUCAUAUCACACUGCUAAAUUCAGAACACUCUUCUUAUUCCUUCCUUUGUGCUCUUGUACAGUAUUAUUUGUAUAUAUCUAUAUAAAUAUUAUUGUUCCUCUUUCUCCCUCUGUUUAAUUGUCUUUGUAUGUGGUAAAAUUAAAGGAUAAUUCCAUA